UGUGGAGGCGAAGACACGAAGCGCUUUCUCUCUCUUCCCCUCCCUCUCUGUCUCUCUCUGUCUCUGUCUCUCUCUCUAAAGGCAACGCCAUUCCUUAGUUUCUCCUUCGCCCCGCGGCGACCGAGGGGGAAGCGUUCGGGGUUGCGGGGACGGGCGGGCAUCGGCGGCUGAUUCCGUUGUCGGCGUCGUCGGCCGGUGGCGGAAUGCGAGCUCCGGCGAGGCCGCUUCUCCUCAUUCGGCGGCGAUAGGUUGGCUGCGGCGGCGGGUGAUGGAGUGAUGGCGUUCGAUGCUGGAAUUCCGAUGCCCCGGGGGUCCGUUGCCGACGGUCCCUCUCUCUCUCCGUCAGCAAGGUGAUAUUUCAUCUUUAUAUAUGUACUGGGGUGAACCUCUUUUAGCUUCUCACUUCCUUCCAGAAUUGAUCAUCUUGGCAGCAUUCCUGUGGUGUACAGAUUGAGAUGAUGAGAUGCGAUGUGGCAAAUGACUCUACGAUCCAACGAAACCAUGGAAUCGGGGCCUUACCCUGAGCGUCCUGGGGAGCCGGACUGUUCUUAUUACAUUAGAACAGGCCUUUGUAGAUUUGGUGCUACAUGUCGAUUCAAUCAUCCAUCUGACAGGAAGCUGGCUAUAGCUAAUGCAAGAAUGAAGGGGGAGUACCCAGAGAGAGUUGGGCAGCCAGAAUGCCAGUACUAUCUGAAGACAGGGACUUGCAAAUUUGGAGCCACAUGCAAGUUUCAUCAUCCUAGAGACAAGGCUGGGAUUGCAGGAAAAGUUGCUUUAAAUAUCUUAGGCUACCCAUUUCGGCCGAAUGAGGUGGAGUGUGCCUACUAUUUAAGAACUGGACAAUGCAAGUUUGGAAGCACUUGCAAGUUCCACCAUCCUCAGCCUACUAAUAUGAUGGUUUCACUGCGUGGUUCUCCUGUGUACCCUUCUGUUCAGUCUCCUACUACUCCGGCUCAACAGUCAUAUCCAGGAGUUACAAGCUGGUCUAGAGCAUCUUUUAUCCCUAGUCCUCGUUGGCAAGGCCCUUCAAGUUACACUCCCUUGAUUGUUCCUCAGGGCAUGGUAUCAAUACCUGGCUGGAAUGCCUACAGUGGUCAACUGGGGUCAGUUUCAUCUUCAGAUAGCCAGCUUAUAAUGAUGGGACAAAGUCAGAUUUUUGGAAGUUCUGGCCAGAGCGAUUCAGUCAAUACUGGAUCUCCAGGGGCGUUCUCAUCAUACCAAUCUGGCUCUGUGCCAGUUGGUUUCUAUGCAUUGCAGAGAGAUAACAUAUUUCCUGAGAGACCUGGGCAGCCCGAGUGCCAGUUUUACAUGAAGACAGGAGACUGCAAGUUUGGUGCAGUUUGCAGGUUUCAUCACCCCAGAGAGAGACUACUUCCUGCUCCAGACUGUCUUCUGAGCCCCAUAGGCCUUCCAUUACGUCCGGGAGAACCACUGUGCAUAUUCUAUUCCCGUUAUGGUAUCUGCAAGUUUGGACCAAGUUGCAAGUUUGACCACCCUAUGGGUAUCUUAAAUAAUCUCUCUGCAUCUUCUCCAUCGGGUGCUCCUGUUCGACGUAUGUUAGCAUCUUCAUCUGGAACUGCUGCACUGGUUUUAUCUGAAUCAGGCCCAGGGAACCCUAGGAGACUUUCAUUGUCAGAGACUAGACAGAUAUCUUCUGCUGAUGACAACAUCGACUCGGAUGAAUAAAAACUCCGUCAAGAAGAGACCCUCUGUUCAUUUGUGCAAUCUCUUGGAGGUGGAGAAAGAGUUGUCUGUAAAUCAUUGCUUACUGAUUGAGAUGUACAGAGUUUAUAUUUGUUGCUUCUGUUCUCCUGAAGUGCACUUCAGUCAACCGAAAACUCCUCCAAGUAUCGAUUUUGCUGCACUCUGUAAAUCUGAAAAUAUGUCACAUUUGGCAAAACCAAUGUGAACAUUUCAUCUGUUCAAAAGUCAACCUGUUACACCUGAUUUAUCUUUCA